AUGACACUCACUGCGGAGCAAAUCAGUGCAAUAGGCAUCGCGGGGAGGGUCACCUCGGUACUGUCCAUGCUGGGGACAAUCACCAUCAUCUGCGCGUUCGUUUUUUCCAGACAUUUUCGGAGCCCAAUUCAUCGCAUAAUCUUUUUUAAUGCAUUUUAUAACUUGUUUGAUUCGAUUGCGACUAUGAUUUCAGUCAGCGGACCAGAGGCAGGAGACUACUCGCCUUUGUGUCAAUUUCAAGGCUUCGCGCUGCAAAUGUUUCCACUGGCGGAUGUAUUUUGGACAUUAGCUAUGGCGUUUGAUACAUACCUGGUCGUUUUCCACCAUUUCGAUGCCCAUUACUUGCAAAAACUUGAGGUCAAAUAUAUUGGCGGAAUCACGACCCUCACCUUUAUACCUGCGCUGGUCUUUUUAUUCAUUCGAUCUGAUGAGAAAGGUUCUGUCUAUGGGAGUGAGACUGUCUGGUGCUCAAUAUCUCCCAAGUGGAUAAUCUUACGCCUCAUUCUUUACUACGGUCCCGUGUGGCUCACCAUCGCUAUCGUCCUAAUAUUUUACGCCUUAAUCGGUAUUGAAAUCGCUCGCCUCCGAGACGAAUUCAAACUCACAGACGAUGACCACAUCGCCCUGACCUCUAACCUUUCCUCCAAUACAUUUAACUUCAACCCCGAGAUCACCCAGGGCUCGGUAACUACCACUGUUGAAGCCAAUUCGUCGUUUCCAGAUACAUACAAACCCAAUACCAACUCAUCGGAAGCACACAUUACGAGUCACUCUUCCCUCCAACAAGCCAUUGCAUUCCGUCCCCCAACUGCUGGCGCAUCGAUGAACUAUCAACCAUCGAAACAACGACGCGUCUCAUUCAAGCAAUACAUCCUUAUGCCCUCGCUCUUUUUCCUCGCUUUGCUGGCGACUUGGGUUGCGCCUACGAUAAAUCGAGUAUCCACAUUUAUUCAUCCGGACAGGGAGUCGUUCCCGUUGUUGGUGGCUGUCAGUGCCUUUGGAUCUUUGCGAGGCUUCUGGAAUGGCGUCAUAUUCACUACAAUGGGGAUGAAGGGGUGGAAAAGACGAGCUAGAGAGCGGAUGAUUCUUAGAAGUGCGCGGCGAUGA